AUGUUGUGGAUCUACGGACUUCUGCUGCUGCUUAACCCACUGUGGACUCAAGGUCUGGGUCCUGGUCCGGUUUUUGUCUCCCAGCAGAAGGCCUCCGUCCUUCUCCGGUCCAGACGGGCCAACAGCGGGUUCCUGGAGGAGCUGAAGAAGGGGAACCUGGAGAGAGAGUGUGUGGAGGAGAUCUGUGACUAUGAGGAGGCCAGGGAGGUGUUCGAGGACAAGACCAAGACUGACCUGUUCUGGGCCAAGUAUGUGGAUGGAGAUUCCUGUGAGUCCAGUCCCUGCCUGAACGAUGGCGUCUGCAGAGACACUGUUGGAGGAUUCGACUGUUUCUGUAAAAACGGAUUCCAAGGAUCUGUCUGCGAGAUCGUGACCCCGGAGAUGUGCGAUCACCAAAAUGGCGGUUGUCAUCACUUCUGUGCAGUGGAGAGUGCAAGCGUCAAAUGCUCGUGCGCAGACGGGUACUUCCUGCUACCUGACCAGCAGACAUGUGACUCCCACGAGCCGUUCAAAUGUGGAGUCCUGGUGACCUCUGAGACCAGAACUAUCUUCAGGUACGACCGAAACCAGACCCUGAACCAAAACCAGACCAAAGACCAAGACCUGGUUCAAGAGCUGGAUUUGUACCAAGACCUGGUUCAAGACCUGGACCAAGACCUGAACCAGAACAUGCACCUAAAUCCGAACCAGACCCAGACCUGGUUGAACCACACCUCUCUGGACUCAGCUGAGAACGCCACAGACCCUCAGUCCCACCUGGGUCCCACCUCAGGUCUGGACCGGAUUCAGGACUUGGGACCAGAGAACCCGGACCUGGCCCUGAUCCAGGAGAAGCUGGUCACGUUUCAGACCGCAGCUUGGACUCGGAUCGUAAAUGGAGAGGACUGCCCCCCUGGAGAGUGUCCUUGGCAGGCUCUGCUGUUGAAUGAGGAGCAUCGAGGUUUCUGUGGCGGAACUCUUCUGACAGAUUCCAUCGUGCUGACCGCCGCCCACUGCAUGAACCAAUCACGGCACAUCUAUGUGGUCCUGGGAGAGUUCGACACACAGGUGCGUCAUGGGCAGGAGCAGGUGCAGCAUGUGGAGAAGGUUCUGCUUCAUCAGAAAUAUCGCCCGGACACGUAUCACAACGACAUCGCUCUGAUCCAACUCAAAAAACCUACGACCUUCAGCAGAUACAUCCUCCCAGCCUGUCUGCCCACCAGAGACCUGGCUGAGAAGGUGCUGAUGAAGCAGUCCGAUGGUCUGGUCUCUGGUUUUGGCAGACUCGGAGAGUUCUCUCGACCUUCUUCUAUCCUUCAGCGGUUGGCAAUGCCGUAUGUGGAGCGGGCUCGGUGCCUAGAGUCCACUCAGUUCCGGAUCUCAGGUCACAUGUUUUGUGCGGGGUACGAAGGAGGGGGCCGUGACGCCUGCCAGGGGGACUCGGGGGGACCCCAUGUGACCCCCUACCGCAACACUUACUACAUCACUGGGGUGGUGUCUUGGGGAGAGGGCUGCGCCCACAAGGGCAAGUACGGGGUCUACACCCAGGUCUCCAAGUACAUUGGCUGGAUCAAGAACGGCAUCAGGGCCCUGAAGCCAGGGAGGAGUGCCUCUAGGACAACAAGAGAGGUUUUUGGACCUGAUCCGAAUCCACAGCAGAAUCCAAGAGGCUUCAAACUCAUGUACCUGUGA